CCCCGUGGCGCGUUGUUAUGAUCUAUCAUGGCGGAAUGUAGUGUUGUGGCUGCUCGGUGCCUAUGUCAAUUUUAGAGUGGUGCAGCUCAGGGGUAAAGGGUGCGAGCGGCGACGCGAGCCGACGGCGACUGUCACGGGUGUUCGCGUGAGGUAAUCGUGUUCCUGUGAGCGACCGUAUCGCGGUUGGAGUGUGGCCACCACGUACCACCGCGGACGACUCACGUCCGUCGUCGCCGCUGCCGCCGUCGCUGCCGCCACCACCACCACCGCCGCCGCUGCCGUCGUCGUCGUCGCUGUUGCUGUCCCCGUCGUUGCUGUUGCCGCCGCUACCGCGGGAAGAGGAACAAUUCCGGCGUACACACAGCGGAGAGUGAACGGAGCGUCGCACGCGCCAGUGUCCCAGUGAUCUCACUGGAACCGCGGGGGAGUGGAUCGGUGGUCCAAGCUGGAGAGCCGUGUUCUCGUGCCGGUCCUCGAGACGACAACGACGAGUCGUCUAACUGUCGCGUAUUCCGACACGUCGCGGCCGCCGCCGCAACACGUGAGAGCCGUUGCGGGCACGCGAACUUUUCCCGCGCCCCGUGACUCGCCUCCCGGGUAGGGCUCUCUCCCACUCGCGUGCAAAGGAUCGCGACAGGAUCGCGCGCCUGUACGCCAUACGAACGCGCAACGCGGGGACAAAAGGCCCAGGGAAAACGUUCAGUAUCCAUGACGCGCGUCCAUUGCCUACGCCGCACGGUAGGCUCUCUUUUUCGCGCAGCACGCGGCAUAUGAUCGUCGCCUAAUAGGGGACCGGAAUCAACUGCGUGUGUGGCUCAUGCACGUUGCUCGCGGAGGUGGAGUUCUCGCGAACGACGCCGAACGCUUUUCAGUUGAGGAAACGCUGACAUCUCGUUUGAGACCACUGCACACGGGGUUUUGUUUAUACACACGCACGACGCAAUAACAAUAGACCUUGAUGGGCCGUACAAGGGCAUACGGAAGUUUAAUAACAUAUCCAGGUUUUUAUUCGUUCAUCGCUCCAACAGGUAUUUGAGAAGAAUUUUCUCAUAGGGGGGGAAGAGAAAGAGAAAGAGAGAGAGAGAGAAAGACAGCUGCAGAGAGAAAGCCAAAGAUUAAAAGUGGAAACCUGGAAAGGCAUGCGGAAUAGUUGGUGAUACAAAGAGUUUGCUAAUUGGUUUUACAACAUGACGGAUACACGUAGAAGAGUAAAACUGUACGCUCUCAAUCAGGACAGACAAUGGGACGAUCGUGGAACUGGACAUGUUUCUUCUUCCUAUGUAGAGAGAUUAAAGGGGAUUUCCCUUUUGGUAAGAGCGGAAAGUGAUGGCUCUCUCUUGCUUGAGAGUAAAAUACAACCUGAUACAGCAUAUCAGAAACAACAGGAUACUUUGAUAGUGUGGUCCGAGGGAGACAAUUUCGACUUAGCCCUAAGUUUUCAAGAAAAAGCUGGCUGUGACGAAAUAUGGGAGAAGAUCUGCCAGGUUCAAGGCAAGGAUCCAUCUGUAGAAAUUACACAGGAUAUUGUGGAGGAGUCCGAAGAUGAGCGAUUCGAUGAUAUGUCAGAUGCAGCACCGCCCAUUGAGUUACCUCCGUGUGAGCUCAGUCGAUUAGAGGACAUUAAUGAGCUCAUAGAGAAUUGUCUUACGUCCCCAAUGAGAAAAGAGAAACUGGCAGUGGCGCUAGAGUCCGAGGGUUACAUAAAGAAAUUGCUGAAUCUUUUUCGUACAUGCGAGGAUUUAGAGAAUAUCGAGGGAUUACAUCACCUCUACGACAUAUUCAAAAAUAUUUUCCUACUCAAUAAGAACGCGCUGUUUGAGGUCAUGUUCAGCGACGACACGAUAUUCGACGUUGUCGGCUGCCUGGAAUAUGAGCCGACGUUAUCUCAGCCAAAGAGGCAUAGAGAGUAUCUUCGACAGUUGGCUAGAUUUAAACAAGCAAUUCCUAUCACAAAUACUGAACUAUUAGCUAAGAUCCAUCAGACAUACAGAGUUCAAUACAUUCAAGACGUAGUGCUGCCAACCCCGAGUGUAUUCGAGGACAACAUGCUGAGUACAUUGAGUAGUUUUAUAUUUUUCAAUAAAGUUGAAAUAGUGACUUUGAUACAGGACGAUGAGAAAUUUCUUACUGAACUUUUUCGUCAGUUAACGGACGAGGCGACUUUAGAUAGCAAAAGGCGCGACUUAGUCCUUUUUUUAAAAGAGUUUUGCAACUUUUCACAAAAUCUUCAGCCACAGGGAAAGGAGGCAUUUUAUAAAACGUUAACAGCACUUGGUAUACUUCCCGCUUUAGAGAUUACUUUGGCGAUGAAUGAUGCGCAGACAAAAACGGCCAGUAUAGAUAUAUUGACUUAUAUUGUGGAAUAUUCUCCAAGUGUUGUACGAGAUUAUACAUUACAACAGAUAAAUAACACGGAGCAGGACCAAAUGUUAGUGAAUGUAAUAGUUGCUCAACUUGUUGGGGACAGUGAUCCUGAGUUGGGUGGAGCAGUGCAGCUGGCCGGUGUACUACGUUUACUUCUCGAUCCAGAGAAUAUGUUGGCUUCUGUUAACAAAUCAGAAAAGACUGAUUUCUUAAAUUAUUUUUACAAAAAUAGUAUCGGUACUCUAAUAGCCCCUCUCCUGGCAAACACGAUCGGAGAACGACCUGCGAGAGAGGAUUACAGAACAGUACAACUUUUGGGAUUAAUCCUAGAAUUGUUGUCAUUCUGCGUGGAGCAUCAUACGUACCACAUAAAAAAUUGCAUAUUGAAUAAAGAUCUACUCAGAAGAAUAUUGGUUUUAAUGAAAUCAACACACACAUUUUUAGUACUAUGUGCAUUAAGGUUUAUGAGAAAGAUUAUAGCAUUAAAGGAUGAAUUUUAUAAUAGAUAUAUAAUUAAGGGUAACCUAUUUGCACCUGUAUUCGAUGCAUUUGUAAGAAACAAUGGACGAUACAAUCUUUUAGACUCGGCUAUAUUGGAAAUGUUUGAAUUUAUCAAAUUGGAGGAUAUUAAAUCAUUAUGUUCGCAUGUUGUUGAAAAUUUCUCAAAAGAACUGGAGGCAAUUGAUUAUGUACAAACGUUUAAGGCAUUAAAAUUGAGGUAUGAACAACAUCAAGAUAAGUUGAAGGAUCGCGAUAGAACUACAAUUGACAGUGUCCCAUCAAUCUUGCGGAAUAGUCGGUAUCGAAGGGACCAGAGGCAGCUAGACGAGGAAGAGGAGCUGUGGUUUAAUGAAGAAGAAGAAUUUGAUGAAGAUUCGAAAAGUCAUCAGCAACAACAACAACAGCAGUCUGUAUUAAAUAAUAAUACUGCUAAUAAUAUUACCUCGCAACAACCACAGAUCAAUAAUAGCUCGUCAACAACGAAUGAAUCACCAAUUGCUUCGGACAUAAAUCCUACUCCGGAUAUUGGCACCGUGGAAAAAACAGGAACGGCACUGUUUAAGAAGGGAUUAGUUGAUUAUGAAGGAGAUUCAGAUGAAGAGGAUGAGGAUUCGGAGUUAAGUCCUUCCCCAAAACGACAACGAUUGUCAUAGUAGCCAAACUUGGAAAAAACAAGAACAUUUGUGAUUUUUAAUUGCUAUUAUCAUUUUAUGACCCUCCUACAUGUAAAAACGAAUCUAUCCCCUCUUUGUCAGAAGAGACAUAGAUUGAACUUUGGGAAUCGCUAAGGAAUGGACACAACAAUAAGUGCUUUAAAAAAAAAGUAUGGUGGGCACUCAUUCAUAGGUCUGUUUGUGUUGAUACAUGUAUAAUAUGUGAAACAUAAAUAAGAUCUGAAUGAAAACUAAGUAAGCUAUCUCGGUCGAAUGUAUAAAAACAAAGGAAGAAUGAACUUUCUUUAAUGAAACGAACAGUGGUAGUAUUGUGGCAUAAUAUAUGAUGUAGCACAAUGUAUUGUAUAAUGUUUUUAAAAAAGUAAGAGAUACUAAACAAAUCAUAGAGAGUCCAUUCCACUCGUCUGGAAACAUCUUGUGCAUUACGGAAGAUAAUCUCAUGGAUAAUUGAGGAUAGAGUCUAAGAUUUGGCCAAAAUUAUCCAAGUUUUUUAGUAGAUGCACUUGCGGAUACACAAGAGAUCGAGACUUAGUUUAGACACAGUGAGAAGUCAAGAUGUGUCGCAAUUAAAUUGAGUUGUUACAAGUGAAUUGUGACUAAACUGUAAUUACAGAGUGUAUCACAGUUAUCUGGUAAGUGUGAAAGAACUGACAACACAUAAGAUCGAAUUCGGAGAAGACAAGAAGUACAGAUGUACUGCACAAAAACAACCGCGAGCGUUUUGUUUUGCCAUUCGUAAGUUUUCCUAUCUGAGCGAUAGAAAGACCGAUUCUUCAAGAGAGUCAGGCACUAUGAAACUUUAUCCAAUUCGACAGAAGUAGUAUUUAGUUUGUAUAUAUAUGUAUAUUUGUAACGAUUGUAAAACAACCACACUCAUGGAUUAAUCAGAAACAUGCAAUUUCUUUAAGGAUUCAGUUUCCUUUGAAAUACUUUCAAUAAGCUUUUCGGUUGUCAAUGUAAGUAGUAGUAAUUGUACAAUAAAUACUUGAUUUAUGUAUA